AACCUUGGAGAAAACCAUCUGAUUUCUAAUGUUGGCCUCAUCAAGAACAGGUGGACUGGAAUGUUUGAGGAGGGCCCCUAAAGCAGAUGAAAGUACCAUACAGAUAAUGUUGUAGGCACCAAGCAUAUCUAUCAACUCUUUCUAGAAUCAAUAAGCCUGUUUCAGUUCAUUUCCAAGGACAUGGGUCCUUAAUAUAGGGCUGUUUUUUGGUUUGUUUCCCGUUGACUGCCUGCAAGUCAUGACAUAAGGAGAGUGAAGUUUCCCACCAAAUUUGAAACACCCCACUUAUAAGAGUUCCUCAGUCUUCCACUCAUCAGUACUACAAGCAAAUGGCCUCUCUCAGCAUCUACUUUUCUUUCCUGCUAUCUGUGUUGGUAGUGUUCCAAGGUUUCUCAAACCUUGCAGAAUCAAAAGAGUGCUUCAUCAAUGCCAUAUACAGCUUUGGUGACUCCAUAGCCGACACAGGCAACCUUCUACGCGAGGGACCGGCCGGGUUCUUCGCUCCCAUUGGCAGCCUUCCCUAUGGAAAGACCUUCAAGAAGCCCACAGGCCGCUGCUCCGACGGUCUUCUCAUGAUCGACUACUUUGCCUUGGCCCUCAACCUCUCAUUCAUAAGCCCUUACCUUGAUAGGACUGCAAACUUUGAUAAUGGAGUUAAUUUUGCUGUUGCUGGAGCUACGGCACUGGACAAUUCCUUUUUCCUGAAGAGGGCUACUUUUCCAACCGUUACUAAUAGCCCUCUCAGUGUUCAGCUUGAAUGGUUCAAGACACAUCUCAACUCAACAUGCUCCUCGCAAACAAAGUGUGCUAAACUUCUUAAAAGGGCACUCUUCCUUGUUGGGGAGAUUGGAGGCAAUGAUUAUAAUUAUGCUUUUACCCAAGGAACAUCUAUAAAGAAGGUGAUGACCUAUGUGCCACAAGUUGUGCAAAGCAUAAUAAAGACUGCUAAGGAAGUCAUUGAUGUGGGAGCUGUUCAACUAGUUGUUCCUGGAAAUUUUCCAAUUGGAUGCAUGCCAAGCUACCUCACAAUGUUCUUCUCCCUGGAUCCCGGGGCUUACGAUGAAAAAAAGUGCUUGAAAGAAUAUAAUGCAUUCGCCAUGCAUCAUAACAAACAACUUCAGGCAGCACUUGAAGACCUCAGACAUGCAUACCCUCAUGUUACAAUCAUGUAUGCAGAUUACUACCAAGCUUUCCUUCAUCUCCUUGACAAGGCCCCAGAAUUGGGGUUCGACAAGGAUUCAUUACUACAAGCAUGUUGUGGAGUAGGUGGUGAGCACAACUUCAACAUGAAUAUCAUGUGUGGCAUGCCUGGGGCUUCAACAUGCUCUAACCCAAGCAAACACAUCAGCUGGGAUGGCAUUCAUCUUACACAGGAGGCAUAUAAGGUCAUGGCACAAUCACUGAUAAUGGAGGGAUUUGCUUACCCAAAUUACAGAGUCCAGGAGGAAUGGGGGUGCUAGUAACCCAUCAUAAUGUGAUUGAGUGUGUCCUGCAUCUCACAUAAUAUCAUGUGCAAACAUGAGCAUAUGUAUGCUAAGAGCAAGUAAACAAUUCACUGGUGGUUGCACAUUUUGGACUAAAUUGAAUGGUCACUGUUGCUGCA